CCGGGUCUUUCAUAUAACCCUCUCUGGAAGUUGGGCUCGCGACUUGAUCUUGUCCAUGUGAUUGGAAUGGGAUUCAUCAAAGUUGUCAAGAACAAAGCCUACUUCAAGCGUUAUCAAGUCAAAUUCAAGAGACGACGAGAUGGAAAAACCGACUAUUACGCGCGUCGAAGACUAGUCGUACAGGACAAGAACAAAUACUACACACCAAAGUAUCGGUUGGUUGUGCGAACGACCAAUACGGACAUUGUCUGUCAGGUCGUGUAUGCUAAGAUCGAGGGCGACAUGGUGAUGUGUGCUGCGUACUCGCACGAGUUGCCGCGUUAUGGAAUGAAGGUCGGACUGACGAAUUAUUCCGCUGCUUACUGCACUGGUUUGCUGUUGGCCAGACGGGUUCUGACCAAGCUUGGACUUGCCGAACACUAUCAAGGAGUCGAUGAAGUAACCGGUGAAGAAUAUCACGUGGAAGAAGUCGAUGGUGCUCCGGGUCCAUUCAGAUGUUUUCUCGACGUCGGACUAGCUAGAACAACUACCGGAGCUCGAGUAUUCGGAGCAUUGAAAGGAGCAGUAGACGGAGGUCUAGAUGUACCCCACAGUGUUAAACGUUUUCCUGGGUACGAUGCUGAAACGAAGGAGUAUGAUGCUGAGGUUCAUCGAGGACACAUUUUUGGACAACAUGUUGCCAACUAUAUGACACACUUAGAAGAGAACGACGAGGAUGCUUACAGGAGGCAAUUUUCAAGAUACAUCAAAGAAGGCAUCGCAGGCAACACACUGGAAGAUAAGUACAAAGCAAUUCAUGCUGCAAUACGAGAAGAUCCGUCUCAUAAACCCGCACCAUCCAAGGAUGUAACACCAAAGAGGUGGAAUCGAGCCAAGAUGUCGCUUGCACAACGACGAGAUCGUAUACGUCAGAAGAAGGAGGCUUUCUUGAAGCGUCAGGCGGCAGAUGGCGAAGACAAUGACUGUUACAAGGCUGCACCUUCCAAAGUUGGUCGGUCGAAUCGUCGAGAAAUGAACGAAGAAUUGAGUGAAGCGGUGGAGAGAGGUGAUAUUGAGUCAGUAACGCGUCUUUUGGAUAUGCAAGUUGAUAUCAAUGGACGUGAUUUAUUUGGGGACACUCUUCUGAUACAAGCGUGUGAGAAGAAGAAGAAGGAGAUUGUUGAGUUUCUGCUCACUAAAUCAAUAUCAACUAGAUGUAACAAUCUAAUCCAACAAUCAACGUUUUGGUUUCUUCUUGCUGGUCAAGAGGCAGCAGUGUUGACUUGUGACUGGCUGAAGCAGCCAUUGCAUGCAGAGAUGAAUAAUCUUGCGGGAUAUACAGCUUUGAUUGUAUCUGCAAUGAAGGGAUUACAAGAUAUUAUUGAUCUACUACUGAAUGUCAAAGAUAUUAAUGUGAUGAAGGGAGAUUGGGUGAGUUUGAGUAUUGAGAGUGAGAGUGAAGGAUCACCACUGGAGAUUGCCAAGAUAUGUGGUCACAUUAGAUCUCAUCCCUACAUAGAAGGUCAUGUGUCUGUUAUCAAUCAUCAACAUGAAGAGACAAUUGCUGAACUGCAGAGUGAAGUCGAGAAGAAGACAGAAGAAUUAAGACAAUCAUCCCUUUUCCAUGAGAGUGAAGUGACGAGGUUAAGAACCGAGAUCCAAGAGAAAGAGGAGGAAAUGAGAUGUCUCGUGUCUGCUCUUGCUACUGUUAGCAGAAUGGCAAGCGAGAAACCACCAGAGGAUGUGAUGUAUGCAGUCAGUGCUCUUGCCUGUGAUCAGUGGAGUGAUGUUGGACUCGAAUUAGGAUACACAAUGCCUGAACUCAACUCACUCACUUCAUUAAUUACUGCAUCUCACAGCAAGCUACACGCCAUACUGAGAACCAAAGCUGUUGCUGUCGCUACCAGCAAUGUUGUUAGUAUCAUCUUGUCUGCUUGUCAGCGUAUUUCCAUUCCAAUUUGUGCUGCUGCAAUAAGAGAUGAGGUGGUUAAACGUCAAGAGAGACUGAGAGCACAGAACGCUGGUCAUGUGGGUAGUGAGCGUUGUGUUUUGGCGAGUGAAGAUUUGAGUGGACCAACACCGUGUACAUACUCACCACCAGGAAGAGCAUUGCAGGAGACGAACAGUCCUGGGUAUACAAUGGGAUAUAAACGUAUGCAGACGAAGAGCCAGCACCAAAUACGUAGUGUAGUGACAGUUUUCAAGAUAAGCUUUUUACGCAUGCGCCUGCUUACACAUUUACAAAGUAUCCAACUAGCAGACAUCUCUGGCAGUUACAUUCAGGUUCUGACCAAGCUUGGAUUUGUCGAACACUAUCAAGGAGUCGAUGGAGUAACCGGUGAAGAAUAUCACGUGGAAGAAGUCGAUGGUGCUCCGGGCCCAUUCAGAUGUUUUCUCGACGUCGGACUAGCUAGAACAACUACCGGAGCUCGAGUAUUUGGAGCAUUGAAAGGAGCAGUAGACGGAGGUCUAGAUGUACCCCACAGUGUUAAAUGUUUUCCUGGAUACGAUGCUGAAACGAAGGAGUAUGAUGCUGAGGUUCAUCGAGGACACAUUUUUGGACAACACGUUGCCAACUGUAUGACACACUUAGAAGAGAAUGACGAGGAUGCUUACAGGAGACAAUUUUCAAGAUACAUCAAGGAAGGCAUCGCAGGCAACACACUGGAAGAUAAGUACAAAGCAAUUCAUGCUGCAAUACGAGAAGAUCCGUCUCAUAAACCCGCACCAUCCAAAGAUGUAACACCAAAGAGGUGGAAUCGAGCCAAGAUGUCGCUUGCACAACGACGAGAUCGUAUACGUCAGAAGAAGGAGGCUUUCUUGAAGCGUCAGGCGGCAGAUGGCGAAGACGAUGACUAGACACAGUCCUAGUAUUCUGUACUCGCGAGAUGCAAUGUCAAUUAAUAAACCAUAAUUGUUUGAUUUAAUUGAUUG